AUGUCCCUCUACGCGGAUGAGGACAUCACUGUUUCGUCUCUGGAUGCCGCGCCCGCAGUCUCAACGACGCCCGCAGCGGCAGCGGACCCCCUGCAGGCCUUUGCAGCAGCUAUCACUCUACCCGGAGAGUCGGCCGCCCAGGCUGCGGCGCUUGUGCAGGCCGGGCAGAGGUUUGAGGAGCAUCCCGAGGCAUUGCCGGAGGUAUGCGCGCAGUUGUUGCCGAUGGUGGUGGACGGUGGGGAGGAGGGACUGCUGCGCGCGUGGACGCUGGAGAUGGUGGGAUUGGCGGUGGGACGGGGCGGUUUGACUGGGGAGGUCAAGGUCAAGGUGGCCCAGUCGUCCCUGGAAGCUCUAAACAAGCUGCUUCAUAGCAACUCGGUAUCUACAAUCAAAGCAGUCAUACCGAUUUUUGCGACUAUACACCCUAUCCUCUUCAAGCUUCUCGCAACAUCUCGACCCCCUCAACAGAUCCACGACCUCUUUAUAUCCUCCAAAACACGAAUCAUCUCCCUCGUUCUCGACCCCGCUGCACAACCGCAGAACUCGGGCGUCAAGGCUGUGGCUUGGAAGUUUGUGCAAAAGGUGCUACUAGCGGGGACAAGAGCAGCAGCAGCAGAUCCAAGACUACAAAAGCAGACCGGCAGCGACCCAAAUAUCGGUAUCAUAUCGCGCGAAUCGAUGCUCUCUGCUCCAGAGCUCGAAGAAGAAGCUAUACAGCUCAGGAAUCAGCUUGUAUCGCAACUCUUCACUUUGAGCGACCCCGCACUCCUCCACCCCAUCAUCCAGACGAUCCCUCUGCUCUGCAAGUCGCGACCUGUACUGGCUCCAGCGCUCAUCACUUCAUUGACUAGCUGGACUCCAGCGGCCAUCGAAGCAAGGGGUCGACCGGCUAUGGUCGUCCGAGCUGUGGAGAAGACUCUGCGGAUGGCGAUGGCUCAUCUCUUGAAAUAUGGACCCCUCAGCCAGUUCAGUGCUCAGCUGAACGACGCGCUCUUCCGUCAAAAGCUACGACUCGAAACCGCAUGGGCUGCUGAACAAGAAGCCAAGCGGCGGAAGCAGGAUUCCAGGUCGGGAUUUGGCGACGGCGGGAUGGACAAGCACCCCUUGGAAGCAGAGUCAAGCGCCCAGGGAGCCAAGCGGGCGAGAUUCGAUGGUCCCCUCGUCUCGCAGGGAUCUGGGAAGGGCAAGGGGCCAGAGGCGGACGUAUCGACGUUCCCGCUGGAAAGUGUCAUCGAUGUGGUGAUGGCGGGACUUGCGGUAGUCGAUGCCGAGUUGAUGCGGGAAGCAUUCGAGACCGCAAAGCGGAACCUCGUGGAGGGAAAUGCAGAUGCUAUACCUCUACUCGCGCAAGUCUUAGGAAUAAAAGGUGUCAAGGAGGAAGAAGAAGACGAGGUAUUGAACCCGCUGGAUAUGGAUGACGACGACGAUGAUGACCUGAUGGCUGCAGACGAAGAAGCAUUAGAUGAAGCCAUCACAUUUGCCGACUUCACAUUACCUCCUCCAGAACCGCUCGAUACUGCAGAAAAGGACGACGUUCUCACUAGCCUGAUGGAGAGGAUAUGGGCGAACGGAGCUGCAUUAGCGGAUCUACCGGACGACCUGACCUUGUCGGACGGGAUACGACCGGUCGUGCAGCCAAAGGAGAUGUGGAUGUUAUUAUUGGCGAGGUUGGCGACGCGGGGCGAGGUAGGCAGGAAGGCUAUAGGGGACUUUGUCACUGCGGACUUUGCAGCUCGAUCCAAAUUCGCCGGCAUAUGGCUGAAUGAGGAAUGGUACGCCCAGAAACUUGCUCGCGAACCCCCUACCCGCUAUACCUCCCACCUCGACGCCAUCCUCACCGCCUAUCUCCCCAAAAUCGACGGCAAAGACAAAUCCCUAUCCGCCUUCCUCACCUCCCUCCCUGAAAUACCCACUUCCGUCGUCGACAAGCUCGAAAAGCUGUGCGAAGACUCUGAGCGGUCCAUCGUUGGCUUCCUCGCUUUGCGGGACCUCAUCGAGGCCCGCCCUCCCGUCCGGCAAUAUGCACUUCGGACACUGCUCCAGCUGUGUACAUAUCCCGAUAGAAAGAUUCGGGUCCUGGCGAUCAGCACGGUGCGGCGAUGGGUGCCGGGCUCGGCUAUGUCGGACACGAUCGUCAAGUUUGCGCUGGACGUCUUGAUGCGGCUGAAGCUGGCGAAGCCGGAGAAGGAGGAUGUCAAGAUGGAGGUUGACGAGGCGAAAGAGGAGAAGGUGAAUGUCGAGCCAUCACCCGAAUCCAAAUACAUCCCCUCCUCCCCGGUCACGGUGGACAAUGUCCAACAACACGUCGAGCUCGCAUUCGCCCUGUCCCGGCGGCAUCAGGACCUCCUCGACGAGAUCUUCCGGCUGUACCCCCUCCUCGCGCCCGACAUUCAGGACACAGUGGAGCAGAUGCUAAGCCCACUCUUCCAGAGCCUUGGCGCGACCGACAAGCUCCAGUCGAUCCUCCGAGACUUCCCACCAGGCGCGGACAAGCUGGUUCUUCGGACAAUGACGGUGCUUUCGGCCGAAGGGGCGACUACGGUGGUCAGGGAGCUGGUCAAGGCGUUGAUGAGUGAGCGGGAGCUGGAUCCGAGGUUCAUCAUUCCGAUUAUCGGGACACUGGAAAGGACGGAGAUCGAAAAGCAGAUACCUCGGAUUGUCUCGCUACUGGCCUCGCCUGACUCGCGCGACCUCGUUCGGACAGCUUUCGCCAGUGUGCUGCAGAAGCUCACUCCGGCGGACCUGCUCGUCAUCCUGCAUUCUGGCGAAGUACCACCGCCUUCCGAUGAUCCCUCCGCUCCAACCCCGGCGCCAUCCAAUAUCAAAUCUACCAUCGAGGCCAUCGGAAUCUGUUUCUCCAUGACCGCCGUCUUCCGGUCCGACGUCCUCGCUUCCGCCCUCACACGCAUCGCCGACCUCCCCACCCUCCCGCUCGUAUUCAUGCGCACGGUCAUCCAGGCGGUCAGCACGUACAAGUCGCUCGUGCCCUUUGUGGCGAAUACGGUGCUACCCAAGCUGGUGUCCAAGAAGAUAUGGACAAACCCUCAGCUAUGGGACGGUUUCGUCAAGGUGGCGAGAUUACUGGCGCCGCAUAGCUUUGGUGCGCUGCUGCAGCUGCCGAAAGAGUGGUUGAAGGAUGUGGUGGAGAAGCAGCCGGCGCUCAGGGGCGGCCUGAAGACGUUCCUGGGGAGCAAGCCGCAGGCAAAGGCGGCUUUGGUAGAAAUAUUUGGGGAAGCAUAG